AUGAUAGAGCGCAAGAACCGACUGUCGUCUUCAAACUUCGGUAAAGUUUGUAAAAGGAGGAGCACCACGCUUAGCAGCAGCCUUGUGAAGCAGCUUGUGUACCCAAGGCCAUUCUCUACAAGUGCUACAGAGUAUGGAAAGCAGAAUGAGGAUGUUGCCAUCAGAUUGUAUGAAGCACAGCGAAAUUGCAGCGUGCAGAAAUGUGGAUUGUUCGUUGAUCUGGAGUACGGGUUCCUGGCCGCAUCCCCAGAUGGCAUAGUUCAAGAUACUGGGAUUGCGGAAGUGAAAUGCCCUGCAUCAAAGAAGGACCUUGCUCCCGAAGCAGCAGCAAAAGCACAGAACCCCCGAAAGUUCCAGGAACAAUUUGCAUUGCAUCAAGGGCAUGACUACUAUUACCAGAUACAAGGCCAGUUCCACAUCACAAAGCGUGAGUUCUGCGACUCUAUUGUUUACACAGAACAAGGCAUUCAUAUUGAACGAAUAAUGAGGGAUGACGACUUCUGGGCAAAGAAGAUGGAACCUUUCCUUCUUCCAUUCUACACGGAUUGUAUGCUGCCAGAAAUUGUGGACCCCCGGGAGACAAGGAGCAUGCCAUUGAGGGAGCCCAAGCGCAUCAUGGCUGCCAUCCAGAAUCAUAAGGAGAACCUCGACAGAAAGCUGCAGAAGAAGUCAACAAGGAAGCCAGGCCCUCCCCUAACUGUGAUAAAUUGA